AUGGAGAUGCCUCGCCCGCGGACCCUGGUACUCACCCUGCUGCUGGCUGGCCUCAGCAAAGCGGUGGAUCGUGGUGAGCUGCGUCUGUCAGGGGGCCAGCAGCCGACGGAGGGCCGAGUGGAGGUUUACUAUGACGGGGAGUGGGGCACGGUGUGUGACGAUGGCUGGGACCUGACCGACGCCAACGUGGUUUGCCGCAGCCUGGGCUUCCUCAACGCCACAGAGGCCACCAUCGGAGGCGUGUUCGGGUCAGGUUCUGGCACCAUCCUGAUGGACGAGGUGGCGUGUGCGGGCACCGAGACCUCGCUCACACUCUGCAAGAGUCGUGGCUGGAAGGUCCACGACUGCCAGCACUCGGAGGAUGCAGGGGCCCGCUGCGACCCCCGCAGAUGGGACCAUUUCUUCGGCUACAGACUGGACCUGACGGCGGAGCUGCGGGUGUCGCUGCAGGAGCUGUACGCUAGUCGCAGGGACUGCGACCUGAACAUCACCGUGAUCGCGCUGGAGACCGGCAGGGAGCAGAUGCGCUCUUGUGUCCACCGCCUGGUGCUGGCGCUGCACAACGACGGCAACACCAUCAGCCGCAGCGACGGGCCCAACGUCAGCUUGCUCUUGUCACAGGACUGCGUGCAGUACGUGGAGGGCAUCAUCAGGUAUUUCUACACCAAGACCAUCGAUGUGACUCUAGCGUCGGUGAAGUGUAUCCACAACAUGGCAUCAGAUUACGGGGUGACUGCGGUGCGGGAUCAUUGUGACCGACUCUUCUACAAACUGUUGCCGCAGGACCCGUCCUUCCGCCACCAGCUGGAGCUGUACAAUUACGCGGAGGCGGUGGAGGACCCGCUGCUGAAGGAGGUUUGCCUGGAGUACUUGGCGUGGAACUGCCAGGCAUUCAUGCAGUCGCUGGCGUGGCCCGAGGUGACGGCAGAAGAGUUGGACACGUUGCUGCAGCGGUCGGACCUGGCGGUGCCGAGCGAGCUGUCGCUGUACAGGGCGCUGGAGCGGUGGCUGGAGACCCGCGGGCGAGGAGACGCCGCCGACCUGCUGCUCAGCCGCAUCCGCUUCCCCAUGAUGUCGCCGGAGGAGCUGGUCUCGCUGCCGGCGGCGGUGGGGCAGCAGCUCCGGCCUCUGCUCACGCCUCGCCUGCUGGAGGCCUUUCAGUUCCACGCCGUGGCCCCGGAGCGCCUGAGACUCUACACCGACCUGUCCCAGCCACGCUUCCGCCCGCGUCUCUACACCUCGCCGGCGUGGAGCUGCCGCCUGGAGCUAGCGGUCAUUCCCCGGGCUCAGCCCGCCGCGCCGGCCCGCAGACACCCCGCCUACAGCCGCACCGGCCGCUACGGGGGCAGGUUCGCCUACCCGGGCCAGGACAGUCAGCGGGCCGGCCCGCCCAGGGACCCCGCCUCGCCCGGCCUUUACUUCUACACCAGCGGGCACCGGGGCGGCCGCCAGUCGUGGGCAGCGUAUUACCACGCCAGCCGCGCCCAAUGCCGGGCCGCCGGCCUCCUGUGCCCGUACGACACUUACCCGGUGGCCGUGCUGUCGGCCCGCGGUCCCGCCGCCAGACCUGACCUUGUGCCCUGGCCCACACCCGGCCCCGACCUCCCGCCCGGCCCCAACCCCAACCCCAAACCCAAAACCAAACCCCCGCCCCGCUUCUCCCGCGGCCCCGCCGCCAGAUCUGACCUCUCGGCCUGGCCCACACCCGGCCCCGACCUCCCGCCCGGCCCCAACCCCAAACCCAAACCCAAACCCCCGUCCCGCUUCGCCCGGGGCCCCGCCGCCAGACCCGACGUCUCGCCCGGCUUCGCCCGCGGCCCCGCGCCAGCCCGCCUGGCACGGCCGCCUUGCCCUCCCGCCGGCCCGGCUUGUUCUACCACAACCGGCUGCUUCUGCACUGUGGGGCCAUCGUGGUCCACGCCCAGGAGAUGA